AUGAAACUGAAGUUUCUUUUCGCCCUGUUCAAAAUAAUUGCCCUCGAAAACAUGUUCCAUAUCACGCAAGACGUCGUAACUGUAUCUACCAAGUGCAGCGAAAGGGGCCAUACUUUACCCAACCAAAGCUACCGCGUGGCACAGCGAACUAAGUACGAUCAUUUGCACUUCUGGGGAUCCUCCAACACUCUGCUCGGAAAAAAAAAUGACCAGUCGCUUUUACAAUUGCGCAUACGAAAUCGAAGACGCAGAAAUGAUGAAGAGGAAGAGGAGGAUGAUCAGGGGGAGCAGGAAAACGGACAGGAGGAGGAGGAAAAUGGACAGGGGAACGACGACGAAGAUGAUGAUACAUCCACGCAUUCAAAUUCUUCCGGAUCGAACAAUGCCCAUAAUGGUCAUUAUGGAAACAAAAAGGGGAGUAAUAAAAUAAAAAAAAAUUCAAACCAUCAUUAUUUACGAAAUUUAAAUGCGCACAACCACAAUGGUAAUAACAACGGAUCGGACGAAAAUCCCAAAGGUAGUGGCGACGGGCACAACCACCACAGAGCGAAGAACCAUAAGCAUAAUAAAGAAAACGCGCAAGGUGGAAUGUCUAACGGUGCGGGCGGAAACGCAUCUAGCAGCGCCAAUGGGAAUAACAACGUGAAUGUGAAUAGCAACAUGAAUGGGGGAAACAACAUCAAUGGGAAUAGCAACAUGAAUGGGAAUAACAUGAAUGGGGGAAACAAUGUGAAUGGGAAUAACAACAUGAACGGGAAUAACGUGAAUGGGAAUAAUGUGAAUGGGAAUAACAAUGUGAAUGGGAAUAACAAUGUAAAUGGGAAUAACGUGAAUGGGAAUAAUGUGAAUGGAGGAAACAACGUGAAUGGGGGAAACAAUGUGAAUGGGGGAAACAAUGUGAAUGGGAAUAACAACAUGAACGGGAAUAACGUGAAUGGGAAUAAUGUGAAUGGGAAUAACAAUGUGAAUGGGAAUAACAAUGUAAAUGGGAAUAACGUGAAUGGGAAUAAUGUGAAUGGAGGAAACAACGUGAAUGGGGGAAACAAUGUGAAUGGGGGAAACAAUGUGAAUGGGAAUAACAACAUGAACGGGAAUAACAAUGUAAAUGGGAAUAACAAUGUAAAUGGGAAUAACAAUGUAAAUGGGAAUAACAAUGUAAAUGGGAAUAACAAUGUAAAUGGGAAUAGCAACGUGAAUGGGAAUAGCAACAUGAACGGGGUUAACAACCCCAAUGGAAACAACCCUAAUGGAAACAGCCCCAAUGGAAACAACCCUAAUGGAAAUAACCCCAAUGGCAGCAGCAACUUGAGCACAGCCGCGACUGCCGCCCUUGGAGCCGCCUCCGUCCCCGCAGCUGCGGGCAGUGGCAAUAGCACAAAUGCACCGAAUGCAAACACAAACGCGUAUCAAAGCGGCACAACGGGAGCGGCCAUGUCCAGCCCCCCCGCAGAGGGAAACGCUGUACAGGUCUUUUCAAAAUUAGUGGACAAUAACGAUAAAUUUAACACCAGCGAAAUUAUAUGCAGUUCGAUCAACUGCGCUCCCCUAACGAACGACGCCAACGAGAAGGUGCCCCUGACCGACUGCACAAAUGUAACGUAUUGCGGCGGGUGUCCCAUUUUGGCAACGUCAAGAGACCAGUGCAGCAACAUGAAAAGUUUUAACCCAGAAAAUAUCCUCAUAUCAUCAGGUUUCGUCGACUCUGCAAAUCUGUAUAGCCAAAACAGCUUGGUAGGUGUGCCGUUUCUGUGGGACAAGGCGUUGUUCGACUUCUCCAAGUGCGUCCCUGACGUGAAUAAAUUCGUGCAGGCAUCCAAGGGACUGCCCAAUGCAGAUAAAACAGAGGCGUACAAGCACCUGUUCAGGCUGGCCAACUUUCACAUUUACGGAACGAAGCUCGCAGAGGAUAAUAACGCGAACGGGUUGAACGUAUCCGUUAGGAUAAACAACGUCAACUCUGAUUCGUUAAAACCAAAUGAGCAAUUCCCGAAUGGAAACAAUUCCCUUCCCACGUGCCCUUUGAAUGUAGCUAAUUUCAAAACAUUUAACAUUCACCAGACGCAGUCCUUCGCCUUUUACCAGCGCCUAUUUAUCCCAGAAAGCAGCAACCUGCUGGACAGCCGAAACCUGAGUGUCGACAUAACCAACGACCAGGGGUACCACCUGGGGAACUACUUUUUUUACGCCAAAAUUGAAUGCCCCAGGACGGAUCCAGCUAUAGAAAACUGGCUAAAGCUUCAAGCGACGCCACAAACGAAUGUGUUACAGAGUGUGCAGAACAGCAGCGGGGCGCAGAACAACAACGGGGUACAGAACAAUAACGGGGCGCAGAACAAUAACGGGGUGCAGGUGAACCCCCCUGGGAAUGUGCAACUACCCAAGAGUACUAAUUCGCAAGGCGCUUCUAAACAGAGGGGGGGUUCGCACAAGAGCGCCUCGAGCCCGCUUCUCCUUUUGCUACCAAUAAUUAUGUACUUCGUUUUGGUGAAUUAG